ACGUCAUAGACCGCACCUUCCCAGCAAACCCUGGGCUGAGGCUAGGUGAUCACGUGAUUUCUUUCUGUCGGUCCUUUUUUGCGGUGGUUCUGAGCGUACAAGCAGCUCUAAGUCCGAACUAACUCUAGCACCAUGGGUAAGGACAAGCUUCACAUCAACAUCGUCGUCAUUGGCCACGUCGACUCUGGAAAGUCGACUACCACUGGUCACUUGAUCUACAAGUGCGGUGGUAUUGAUGAACGUACCAUUGCCAAGUUCGAGAAGGAGGCCCAGGAGAUGGGCAAGGGUUCCUUCAAAUACGCCUGGGUGCUGGACAAGCUGAAGGCUGAGCGUGAACGUGGUAUCACCAUUGACAUUGCUCUGUGGAAGUUCCAGACUGAGAAAUACUACGUCACCAUCAUUGAUGCCCCAGGACAUCGUGAUUUCAUCAAGAACAUGAUCACUGGCACAUCUCAGGCUGAUUGUGCUGUGCUGAUUGUUGCUGCCGGUACUGGUGAGUUCGAGGCUGGUAUCUCCAAGGAGGGCCAGACCCGUGAGCACGCUCUCCUGGCUUACACCCUGGGUGUGAAGCAGCUGAUCAUUGGAGUCAACAAGAUGGACAGCACCUCUCCUGCCUACAGCGCUGACCGUUUCAAUGAAAUCCAGAAGGAAGUGUCCUCUUACAUCAAGAAGAUCGGAUACAACCCCAAGACUGUUGCUUUUGUCCCCAUCUCUGGAUGGAACGGUGACAACAUGCUCGAGGAGUCUCCCAACAUGGGCUGGUACAAGGGCUGGGCUGUUGAAAGGAAAGAAGGCAAUGCCAGCGGCAAGACUUUGAUCAGUGCUCUGGAUGCCAUUCUGCCACCCUCUCGUCCAUUGGACAAGCCUCUGCGUCUGCCACUCCAGGAUGUCUACAAAAUCGGCGGUAUUGGAACAGUGCCCGUCGGCCGUGUUGAGACUGGAAUUAUCAAGCCCGGCAUGGUUGUGACUUUCGCCCCCGCCAAUGUCACCACUGAGGUGAAAUCUGUUGAGAUGCACCACGAGUCUCUGCCAGAGGCUGUGCCAGGAGACAACGUUGGCUUCAACGUCAAGAACGUCUCUGUGAAGGAGAUCCGUCGUGGCAACGUUGCCGGAGACAGCAAGAAUGAUCCCCCCAAGGGAACCAAGACCUUCCACGCUCAGGUCAUCAUCCUGAACCACCCUGGUGAGAUUAAGAACGGUUACUCUCCCGUCCUGGAUUGCCACACUGCUCACAUUGCCUGCAAGUUCCAGGAAAUCAAGGAGAAGUGCGAUCGUCGUUCUGGCAAGAAGCUGGAAGAUAUGCCCAAGUUCGUCAAGUCUGGCGAUGCCGCUAUGGUGGACCUCGUGCCAUCCAAGCCCAUGUGCGUGGAGGCUUUCCAGGAGUACCCUCCCCUGGGACGUUUUGCCGUGCGUGACAUGAAGCAGACCGUUGCUGUCGGUGUCAUCAAGUCUGUGGAAAAGGCCGAUGCUAGCACCGGAAAGGUCACCAAGGCUGCUGCCAAGAAGAAGUGAAUGGUGCAGGAACCCUCGCCCCCAGCAAUGGACGAAUGUAACAUGGACAGUUUGCAACACCGAAGACGGUUCUUCUGUGAACCAUGGGGCGAUGUGGGUAUGACGACGAUAAAGAUAUACCACCCUUACGGCAGUGAAGGUUCCGCUGCUGUCUCACCCAUUAAUUUGUUACCCAUUAAGAAGCUAAUUCAGUUGAUUUUGAUUUCAUGGUCUAGGUGGCUUCUUCAGUCAAAAUUGCACAGGAAAGAAUUCCGAAGGAAAAAGGCUUGACAACUCUUAAUUUCACUGUGUAAAGUUUAUUUCAAGUGUAAAUUAAACGCUUCAUUUCCCUGAAGGUGAA